GGCCAUACUGGGCUACAUACUGAGCUCAAUGCUAGUUCAAGCUAAAUGAGACCCAAGUUUUAAAAAAACACAAACAAAAACCUAGAGUACCUAGUCCACAGACUCAUUGCCAAGAUUAAAUGAAAUAACAUAUGGGAUAUGCCUGGCGAAGGGUGCAGUUAGUUCAGUCAAUGUCAGCAGCUGUUACUGUGAUUGUCUCUGUCUUCACAACCUUGGCUCAUUUCCUCCCCUGAAGACCAGGUUCUGGAAUACAGCUGGGAGAGCCCUGUGCACUACAAAGAGGCAGAGGCUACAGAGGAUGGGGAGAGGUGUCUGGGGUGAGAGGUUGUUGAAGCAGGGGUGUGAAGGUGUUGACUUUGGAUGCUGAUGGAGGAAGGUAUAGCGUGCUUUACCUCUUCUGACCCUGGACCGAACAGCACUGAAGCCGGUGCUUGUGAGCAGGGAAGAACCAAGGUGUUUAAAAUAGAAGUGCUAAUGAAUGGAAGAAAACAUUUUGUUGAGAAAAGGUACAGUGAAUUCCAUGCCUUGCACAAAAAGCUUAAGAAAUGCAUAAAGACUCCAGAAAUCCCUUCUAAACACGUCAGGAACUGGGUUCCCAAAGUCCUGGAGCAACGGCGGCAAGGCCUGGAAACAUACUUACAGGCCGUCAUUUUGGAAAAUGAAGAACUUCCCAAGCUCUUCCUUGAUUUCCUCAAUGUAAGACACUUGCCAUCCCUUCCAAAGGCAGAAAGUUGUGGAUCUUUUGAUGAGACAGAAUCUGAAGAGUCAAGCAAGCUGUCCCACCAGCCGGUGCUGCUGUUCCUCGGGGAUCCAUACGUCUUGCCUGCAGCCAGCGAUUUUCCAAAUGUGGUCAUCGAAGGAGUUCUUCAUGGAAUAUUUUACUCUCAUCUGCAGCCCAGGUAGAAACCCUACCUGGCCGGAUGAAGCUGAAGCGAGUUUCAGUGUCAAUGGCAAGAAAAUCGAUAGCUCUACCAACUUACCUGAAACUCCAUGACACCAUAGCUCUAGCUAGCAGGAAAAUUCACAGUCCUAGCUUCCUUCAGAACAGGGACGUUUCUAUUAGAAUGGUGCUUUUAAAAUUAGAAACUGAACCAGGGCAGCGUCAGUUUAAGGCCAAUUGUUUGAGUAAAAGGGAGAUUCCAACAUGGGAAGUCAGGACCGGCAGACCACAGAGGAGCACUGGCAGUACCGAGUGUCACCAGAGCCAGCCUCUGCUUCAGCUGCACCAUUUGCUAAUUGGAAAUCAGACCCUGCGUCAUGCUGACACUGAGCAACUUUGGUGGCCUUUUAUUCAGACCUUGACAACACUCAUUUUUACGCCAUGAGGUUUUUCUCAGUGAGGGAUACUGUAUUCAGGGGUCCUGGCACCAGAAGAGGGUCCUGGGACCCACUAUGCUAAGGGGGAGGAAAAAGCCACGCUGGAAAUUGAGUCGUAUUCACAAUAGAAUGCAUUGAAGAAUAGAAUGCAUUUGAGUUUCCAUUACAGAGGAGUUACCUCCCACCUGGCACUAUCUGUGAGAGUCCCUGAGAAAGACACUAUGCCAGAAAUCUGGCCUCCCAUUUUUUCCUCUCGUGUUGGAAAGUAUGAGUGCUCCUCUGAAGACCAGCUGACACCCCUGAUGAAGUCCCAGGGGCCAUUUCCUGUAGAAAGUACACACUUUGAACGCUAGAACCACACUGCAAAGUUCUUGUUCCAGUGGGAGUCAGAUGUGAGUUGACCGCGGUUGCAACAGGAGCAGAUGGACUGUUUGUAUCUGGGUUUCCUCCACGGUGUACAUUAUCAUGAUAUUACCACAGGCUUUUGUGUGGUUUUUCUUAUAGGUUCCUUUUCACUGACAUCGUGUGUGCAUUAAUGUGAGUUAGGUGUUUGAUGCUGUCUCUCCACUGAUGUCACACAGAUGGCCAUCUUUUGCUCGGUGACAGAGCCAAGCGUAUGUCCUACCUGUGUGUGUGUGUGUGUGUGUGCUGAUGAACAACCAACUUGUGGUUAUGGAUUUUCAUAAAUUUAAAUGUUGGAAAAAAUAUUGGCAAUUGAAAGUACCAUGUCAUGAAUUUUUAUUAGCGUCUAAACCUACAGAUUGAAAACCUGCUGCAAACUUUUAAAGAUACGUUUUUAUGAUUGAUUGUGUAAUUACAUGUUAGGAAUAAAGUAAUCAAGUGUUAUCAGCGAAAAAAUAACUAAAUGGUGAAGUACUAGAAAUACUUUUUUAAAUGUUUUUAUGUUACUAGCUAUUUUGAGUUAAAUAAAAGCAAAUAAAAGUAA